AUGUACGAACAUGCUCCUCCUCAGCACUAUGGGUCCUAUCAUGGGAUGGAUCGCAGACCCCUCGCAUCGAAACCAAUUUACCAGGUGAAUCCGAAUAUUCCACCUCCUCCUCAACAUCACGUAAACCAAUGGAACAAACAUCGGGUGAUGCACCAUGCACCACCACCACCCCCGCCUCCAUCAGGUCCCUACUAUGAAAAUCAUCAUCAUCACCACAAUCGCCAUUAUCAUCAUAUCCCGCCCCCUCCUCCACCAUCUCACCAUCACAAUCAUCAAUUUCACCAAAUUCCACCUCCUCCACCCCCACCACCGCGACCCCACCAUCAGGCUCAUCAAAUCAAUCCACGACAGCUCAACAUGAACCAACUCAUGAAACCUGUGCUUAAAACACCACAACUGAUGAAGCCCAAGAAACAAGCGAUGAUGGACAACGUCGCUCGCGCCCUUCCUUUCAAGAGUCCAACUACUCUAAACUUUGAACGGAUGCUAAGUGCUGCCGAUAUUAUUGAAAAGGAAGCAUCUAGCGAAAACACAGAUCCAAACUCUCAAGCGGAACAAGAAUCCAACAAGCGCCGCAAGCACAGUCAUGACUUUGAGUCGAAUGCAUUGAAACCCAUCCAAGAAUCGCCUUCAACCCCUCUGAAGCCGAUCGCGAGACGAUUGAGUGAUCCUACACACAAUAGCCCCUUUGCCAAACGGAUAGCUUCUUCGAAGAAUGACGACCCAUUUGUUCAAAUCCUGCAAGACAAGUUACUUUACAAGAAGCUUGUCCUCACAAUGGCUCUCCAAAGACAACCCAAAGAGUUGGCGCAAAAGGAAGAGUCGAAACCCCCAGCCAAGGUCAUAGUGGAGGGUUUCUAUUGGAAAGAGUACCCACCAUGUGAGCAAACCUUAUACGAUUCCAUGGAAGACUACUACGAGCUGUCAACACAACAGAGGCAGUCGAAACAUCAACAGUCAUUCAAUAACGCGCUAGUGAAAAAGGUCCGAGAAGUAGCGGCUUCCAACGGGUGGGAGUUCGAACCUUCUUUCAGCGACAAGAAACUCCGGGACAGAAUUCGAUGCUUCUUCAAGACACAUCUUCAAAACGCGAAGAAGCGUCUUACAACGAUGCAAAAGCAUUCUGAUUCAUUUGAGCACAAAGCGACACUUAGAGGGCUAAUAAAUGCUGCUGAGGCAUCAGGCGUUUUGGGGGGAAAGAAACAAGAUGUUUCCGCUGGAGAUGCUCCUCCAGCGUCCAAGAGACGUCGCUCUGUCAGCUAA